UUGGAAAACGAGCUUAAUACUGUCCUUUACUGCCGGUUCUGCGGCAACCUGAAUCCAGAAGGUUCCGGACUGCGGUGUAGCCAGUGCGGCGCCUACUCCGGCAUGGAAACGGUUGUCGAAGAGGAGGCCCGCCGCCGGUCGCGUCGCAUCCGUCUGGAUUUCCUGCGCAACCGUAUCACCCGCAUUGCCAUCGUGGUCGUACCACUGCUAAUGUUGCUGGUGUGGGUGCUCUGGGGGUACACGGGAUUGCCGCCCGACCCUCCAUUGCCGACGACAAACAUCGGAGACACUUCGGUAGCGCCAGUGCCAGGUGACUGGCCUCAGGCACGGGGAGGCAUCACCAACACCGCGGCCAGCGUCGGUGAUCUGGACGUAUCCGCGGAGGGGGUUACCGACGUGGCGUGGCGUCACGUCGCCGGUGCCCCCAUCGUGGCGGCUCCGGCGGUGGUCGGCGGCCGGGUGUACGUUACGGCUGAGGAUGGAACCGUUACCGCCCUGGACGAGAGCAGCGGAGAGGUGGUGUGGCAGUACGAAUCCGGUCUGACUGCUACGGUAACGCCGGCGGUCGUCGAUGAUCUGGUCUUUGUGGUGUUCCGCCCCGGUGUUGUAUCCGCGCUCAACGCCGACACCGGCGAUUUGGUUUGGUCGCGUCGGUUGCAGGUGGCGUCCCUGCCCUCGCCCACCGUCGCCGACGGCAGGUUGUUUGUUGCCGAAACAGACCAGAAUCGCCUGUUGGCUCUGGACGCUGCCACGGGCGCGGAUUUGUGGGAUUACCACUUGAGUGAUUGGCUAAUCGCUCCGCCGGCCAUAAUUGACGACAAGGUAAUUGCCACUUCCAACGACGCCGUAAUUCACAUCAUAGAUGAGGCGACGGCCAACGUCGGAUGA